CGCAUAUCUCCUCGGCCCGUAGUCCGUACGCCAAACAGGGAUCCCGACAGCAUGGGCAAACCUGCACUUUUGUUUUUCGCGGCUCCACAACCGCCAACGUCGCAGGAACGGUGGGGCGUCGUUGCUGCGUAGAACAAUCCUCGACGCCUUCUCCCGCUACCUACCGUCCCUGCCUGAACCACGGUUUGGCCAAACAAGCAAAACGUGGCAGAACGCCCGCGCGAAGGAAGACGUUAGCACUACCUUGAUUGCGCGUCAUCUGCGGCAGAUCCCUCUUCGACGUCAGUAUAGGGGGCCCCCCACUCAGACCUCGCUGCGGCCUGCCCACGUCUCGUUUGCCUCCCGGCCUUGUGGGGUCGUCGGCGAUUACUGAGCACUAGGGAAACUGCCCGGCAACUCUCAGGGCCAUGCGCCUGGAGACGUCAGUCCACGUCGCCGCCAUGCCCGCCCUCGUGGUCGACACGUCCAGCACCGCCUCGUCAACCGGCGCGCGCUCGCCAGACCGCCCGCCCGUGUCGCCCAUCACGCCCACGACGACAGCAGCCCAGCUCGCACCGCUCCCGCGCGCCGACCGCGACCACGAUGAGCAAGCACGCCCCGCGCCCCCGCCGCCCGCAACCUUCAUCAAGCAGCCCUCGUCGAUCGCCAUCUCCGAGUCCUCAAACCCCGACGCCAUCGCCCUGCGCUCCGCGAUAUCACUCCUCCAACUCCAGCGCGAAAAAAGCAAGCGCGACCUCCAAGCGCUCGAGGACCUGAAAGCCGCCGCCGUGUCGGACCCGCACAGCUUCGUGCGCUCACUACAAGAGCAGCGCUCACAAGUACAAACACAUACCGACAUCCUGACCCCCACGCUAUCCGACCUCGACCACGAACAACGCCGCAAAGACUCCGCCAGCAUGGACGCGCCCCCGCCCCGCGCAGCGUUCCCCGCCAUCCCCCAACCCCAGAACAUCGUCCGCUGUCCGCCCGUAAAUUGGGCGAAAUACCACGUCGUAGGCGAGCCGCUGGACAGGAUGCACGACGAGCAGCGCAAGUGGCCCGGCGCGCCUGAACCGCCGAAACUGCAGUCUGGUAUGAGAGCCCCGCCGCAUGCGGUUGCGGCGCCGUAUUCGCCGUUUGUGGAUGGCGUUGGGCAGGGCGCGGGGUUGCCGGCGCCAGUGUCGGUCAAGGGGGUGAAGAAGUCGCCGGCGCGGCCGUGAGGGGGGGUUACAUGUUACUCGAGGAGUGUGUGUUGAGGUUUACUCGAGAGCGUGGCAUGGGCGCUGGCUGCUUGCACGCAUGCAUCUCUGAAGAAGAAAGACAGUAUAUAGGUUCCCUUACGAUAGACGAUGUUUGACGAAUAGACGACAACACACAUAGGCAUAAACUUAAGAAUAGGCAAGAAGCAAAGUAUCUUCAUAGUAGAUCUGCG